UGCAGCCCAGGGCCAACCUCAGGAGCCGGCACAGCCCCAGAAUAGUCGACGAUGCCCCUUGGGCUAAGGCUCUGAGGUUACAGCGGCCCUGCUCUUCUCUGAAGAUCUCAAAAUGCUCACCACCUGUGCUCUUCUGAUCUGCCCUGGGAAGGAGAAGGUGGAUGUGGUGGACCUGGUUUCUGCAGACCUGGAGGAGGUCGCCCAGAAAUGUGGCCUGUCUUACAAGGCCCUGGUCGCCCUGAGACGGGUGCUGUUGGCUCAGUUCUCAGCUUUCCCCUUCAAUGGCGCUGAUCUCUACGAGGAACUGAAGACCUCCACGGCCAUCCUGUCCACCGGCGUUGGAAGCCUGGACAAACUGCUAGAUGCUGGUCUCUACACUGGAGAAGUGACUGAAAUUGCAGGCGCCCCGGGUAGCGGCAAAACCCAGGUAUGUCUUUGUGUGGCAGCAAACGUGGCCCAUGGCCUGCAGCAGAACGUCCUCUACAUUGAUUCCAAUGGAGGGCUCACAGCCUCCCGCAUCCUCCAGUUGCUUCAGGCCAGAACCCCGGACGAGGAGGAGCAGGCAGGAGCUCUCCAGAGGAUCCAGGUGGUGCGUGCGUUUGACAUCUUCCAGAUGCUGGACGUGCUGCAGGACCUGCGAGGCGCUGUGUCCCAGCAGGUCCGCAGUUCUUCCGGGACUCUGAAGGUGGUGGUUGUGGACUCCGUCGCUGCGGUGGUCGCCCCACUUCUGGGAGGUCAGCAGAGGGAAGGCUUGGCCUUGAUGAUGCAGCUGGCCCGAGAGCUGAAAACCCUGGCCCGGGACCUCAGUGUGGCAGUGCUGGUGACCAAUCACACGACCCGAGACAGGGACAGCGGGCAGCUCAAACCUGCCCUGGGACGCUCCUGGAGCUUCGUGCCCAGCACCCGGCUUCUCCUGGACAGUGCCCAAGGCUCAGGAGCUCUGGGCAGCCGACGCGUGGCGUGUCUGACCAAAUCCCCCCGUCUGCCAACAGGUUGCCAGGAGACGGUGGACUUAGGGAGCUGGGGGAUCCCAGCGUUCCAGGGAGAUCACAAAGGACAUUGGGAGCAGAGCCCAGUGUUCCCGGGAGAUCACACAUGAUGGUGCUGUGGAUGGGGAAAGGGACAGGCCGCAAGGCCCCCAGCUCACCUGCACGGUAAUGCCCGCUGCUCGCUGCCGGCAGCCCCUGAGGCGCUAGCAACACUGUCUCAUCUGGAAGCCACCUCAGCCCUUAGCUCCUCUCUCCAGAAACACAGCGCUACUGGCAAGAGAGGAUGCUGUUGUGGAAGGACCCAGAAAUUAAAGCUGGUACCAGGUUUUCAUCCCUUGUAUCUACCAUGUGUGUUUCCAGCGGGAGCCGGGUUCAUGGACUUGGGCAUCUCUCAAGAGGCACCCUGGUGCCCGGAUGGAUUAACGCUGCACAUCACCGUCCUACCCUCCAUCCUGACAUAGUGACUGAGCUUGAGUCCUCUGGCUUGCCUUUGUUUCCCUUCUUCUUUUUUUUUUUUCCCUUUGCCUCUGUUUUUCCAUCUGUAAGAUGGGGCUCCUUUCCCCUUAACUCUGACUUUGACUUACCGGGUGGAGUAACCUUGUAAAUGCAACCCAUGUGUGUGUAUGCUCAGCCGUGUCUGACUCUUUGUGACCCCAUGAACUGUAGCCCACCAGGCUCCUCUGUCCGUGGAAUUUUCCAGGCAAGAAUACUGGAGCGGGUUGUCAUUUCCUCCUCCAGGGGAUCUUCCCAACCCAGAAAUCGAACCCGUGUCUCUUGGCAUCUCUUCGUUGGCGGGCAGAUUCUUUACCACUAGUGCCAAAACUCUUCCUUAUCUAGAUCCUGCUCUUUAAAACAUAUUAAUACAAAAGAAAUUCACUGA